UGGAAGAGUUAUGGCCGCCAACGGUGACUCGCCGGCAAUGGAGACUCCGCCAGAUUUCAUCUCUUUUAAUCAGUGUUCCUGACUGUCGUUUUGUUCAAGCAUUUUAUUUUCUGCCUCUUGUUCCUUCAGUGAUUGAAGUCCUGGAACAUAGUUUCUCUUUAAAAUAUUAUUGCGAAAUACCUCUAUCCUUACCGGAUAGUGCCUUCUAAGAGAGUUCAAGGCUGGACAAAUAGAGCCUUGAAUGGGCUGUGCUUGAUAUAUGGGUCACGAACCCAUAGCCACGUUGGGGUAUCCCAAAGCUGAACUCGACUGAGUUCAGGUUGAGUUUCCAUGCCAGUCUGGUACCAUCAAAGGCCUUCUCGUCGUGGGCUGGGGCCACCAGAUGCAGAGGUAAGUUAAACUGGAGAAAGUCCUGGGAAUCUGAAGAUGUUUCUGUCCAGGAUUCCUUGUUUUGUACCUACAUUUCAAGUGAUUUCAGAAGUUUGCUGAUGAAAGAAAUAAGGGACAUUUAUUGAAUCAUGCCAUCUAAAAAGAAGCAUUUUUUUAAUGAUGAAGAGAAAACUAUCCUUUUAAGAGAUAUCGGUGCAAAGAAACGAUUUGUUAAUGAUGUGGAAAUUGGAAUAGUUCAUGAUACGUUAAUGUCUGCCUCUCAGCCAACAUUUUUAGAAGAUAGCCUUUCUUAUGAACUGAAAACUGUGAAAAUUAAUUUGCCUAAGGUAAAUAUCCCCAAAGCAGUGGCUCUGCAACAUGAAGGUGACAGAUUCAGAAAAUUAUUUCAGAAUAAACCACAAACUGCAAGAAAAUCCCUCAGUACAGAGACAGUGAAUGCAAGUUCUUUACAUUGUCUAGAGGAACAGAGCUUGCUGCAUAAAUCUGAAGGGCAGUUUGAAGAAGAAGGGAUGAAAACUGCAGCCAAAAUCCUCAAUUUCAACUGUUCAAAAUGUAGAAACAAUAUUCGAUACAGCCCAAAUGAUUUGCAGAAACAUUUUCAACUGUGGCACCAGGGAGAAUUGCCCUCAUACCCUUGUGAAAUGUGUAGUUUUUCAGCUAAUGAUUUUCAGGCAUUCAAACAACACAGACGCACCCACCGAAGCACUUUAGUAAAAUGUGAGAUUUGUAACGAUGAGACUACCUACACUUUACUGGACUUGACGAAACAUUUCACAUCUAAACAUUGUGUGAAAGGUAAUUUUCAAUGUGAAAAAUGUAAGUUUUCUACCAAGGAUGUGGGCACAUUUGUUCAGCACAUUCAUAGGCAUAAUGAAAUCCAUUAUAAAUGUGGUCAGUGUCCUCAUGUAAGUUUUACCAAAGGAGAGUUCCAGCGGCAUCUUCUUGUUCACUCUGACACGUUUCCCUUCAGUUGUCAGUAUUGUAGCUACAGUGCGAUGCGGAAGGAUCACCUUAUAAGACAUGUCAUAGGUUCGCAUAAAGACAAUUUAUAUGCAAAAGAGAAACUGGAAAAGGACAACUGUGAAAAAAGAAUCAUGAAGGCAUCUUCAGGGCUAAAGCUUAUACUGAAGAGAUAUAAAAUGGGAACCUCAAGGAAGACACUUUGGAGAAGAGAGAAAAUGAAUAGUGCGAGUGAUGGGUGUACUGAAAAAGAUACACAAGUGCUUAAAAGUUUAAAUAAAAUUCAGUGUAAUGCUGAAGAACAAAACCAACUUCUCAAGGGGCUGCAUGUAAGUGAAGAAAAGACCGUAUGUAAUGAGAAGCAAACUCAGAACUACGCAGAUUCAGAAAUGAGAACCCCGUCAACCCCACAAAACAAUAAAACGGAAGAGGAAUCAAGUUCUGGUUUGGGAUCACUGAAGAAUACUGUACAUGGACCAACUGUGCUGAUGGUGAAAAACAAUAAAAUAACUGUUCCUGCAAACUACAGCGCCAAGUUUAUGGGAUUCAAGUUGGUGGAUGGAAAGCAACAUAUAGUGAUAAAGUUGUUGCCCACCAGUAAACAUAAUUUGCAUUCAUCAGGCCGACAGUCGGAUGAAUUCAGAGGUAGCACUACUCAUUCUCAGCUCCAUCCUGGUGACACCACUGGAUUAUCAGCCCCAGGUGCUUCACUGCACGCACAUCAACUGAAUAAUACAGUUUGCACUAGAUCUUCUACUACUCUUUCAUUCUCUGCACUUCCAUUUUCGGGGAAAGUGGAACCAGAAAAGCGAAAGACCGCUUUAGCUCGGUGUAAGAGAAAAUCUGUGACUGGUGCAUCCGAGAGCAAGGCUGCUGGAAAAAAUCCACCGCACUUGUCCACAAAACCAGAGUUGGCAACAGCACCUUUGAAUUUAUCAGUGAAAGUUGGACCCAGAGGUAGUGUUGGCCCAUGUGGAAGUUGUAUCACUCAAAGUCAUCCUCAGGUGUUGUGUACCACUGUCACGAGCCCAGUCAGUAUGGAGUCUCUGAAAGCAAGUUAUCCUGCUGAACUAAAAGCACAAAAUAGUAGAAGGACUGGUAACCACACUGUGAACUGUCUCAACUAUAUGUCAUCAGUUGACGACUCCAGUCAUCCUCCAGAAGCAUUACCUUUACGUAAUUACUCCAAAAUGCGCAUUUUGGGUAAUCCAUGUCGUAUUUCGGUGGGGGCACAUGAAAAUCUUAAAGGAGAACCCCAAUUGAGCAAAAUGUUUCAUCACAAUUGUAGCUUAGGGCAUGAACCUAGUCCCUCAUUUCCUCCACUGGCAAAGGGGAGCAAAAACCCAGGCAGUCUGUUAGAAUCUCCAUCACAGAGUAGUAAGGCUUAUUGCUCGCUGAACAUUAAAGAUACGUGUGGAUCUUUGAAAAGUGAGUCUUUCCGUGAUGCAGAUAGGCCGUGUUUUUUAGGAAGAGGACAAAGUAAUGGCCAACAGUAUUUGCACACUAAUGAAAAUCAAGGUUUUGAGAACAUAUCUGAGACAUCUAAAUGGGACUGUACCUCUUUCGUUAAUUCGUCCUCCAUGCCUAAAAUCACAUCUGUUUUCUCUCUGCAGAGCAAGCAGGCAUCUCAUUUUUUGUCACCUGAAGUAAAACAGGUACUCCAAGAGGUUUUGAAGGUAAAGUCCAGCACUCAUGAAGAAUCUCACAAUAUCUUAGAUAAAGGUUUGAAACUUGAACAGCCAUUUUGGAAACAGGAGGAGGCGAGCAACAUAGUCCCAUGUGUAAAAGACUCAACUACAUGCUGUUUACCCUUUCCUUCUAGUAGAAUGGGUGUAACCGUACCUCCAAGAGAUCUGAAUGUAAAAGAUAACCCAGCAAAUUCAGUUAUGUACUAUGGGAAAGAAGGGCAAGUACCAUCAACAUCAAAUGAGUUUGGAAAUUCAGAGACAAUAUCAAGAGGUUCUGGCGUUAACACAUUACGGAAGACUCGGGCGGAUCGGACAGUAACCCAGCAGCUUGUAAGAGACACAGCUCGGACUACUGCGAUGGAUACGCCCGUAAAUUCAGAGCCAAAUAAAGCUGUUUUUGUUCAGUCAACUUCGAAAGGAUUUCUCAUACCACUACACCUUGCUAACAAACCUGGAUUGCGUGUUGUUUCAGGAAGAUCUCGUUCGUCAGUGAAUCCACCAGACGUUUAUUCAACCUCAGGCCUGCCUGCAUCUCUUCUUCGAAACAGGGGACCUGGAAUGAUUCUAACACUCAGCAAUAAGAUGCUUGGGGCAGCUGCGACUGUCCCAGAUGACAGUGCUCGAGUAUUUGGUGGUGCUACAACCAAAGAGUCUAACAGAACACCUUUAAAGGCAGAGAGGAAAAGUGACCAUUCCACAGGGGUGGUUUGUUCCUCGGCUUUCGGUAGUAGUCCCGAUGUUACAGUUAGUUCAGCCAACAGCGUGCCAUUUAAGGGACCUUAUGUUCUUUCAGGGCCUGCAGAAACUGCAGGGAGAGACAUUGCUUCUCUUAAUGUGUUGUCUGAACGUGGAGGCUGUGUGUUGGGUACUUUGGAUUCAGUACAGCAGCAACGUGAAUUUCAGCAGAAACCGUCUCUCCGUGCAGCCUUGCCUGAAGGCCAACCAACAGUUCUUCUAAAAUGUGUGACAACAAACAAGCCUAAAGUUCACAAACCUGAAGUAGUCCAAGAUAAUGCCGGUAGUCGAAGUCCUCAACCAAAGAAAUCUGAAGGCAUGCAACAAAAGUUAUUACUGAAAAUAGUUAAGAAUCCUCCCAUUGAGGUCCUUGCUGAUAAUCAGUCAGGAAACAACUCCAGGCCCACUUUACGACAGGACAGCCUACGGUCUCAGAAAACUUCCUCAGCAGAGCAGAAACAGCCCGUGUCUUCUAGUGAUGCCGUACUCUUCUCAGACAGAUUGGUGCCAGCGAGUAUGUUGGAUGUAACGUCCACUGCAACAGAUUGCAGCAAAAAGUCAGGGUAUCCUACGUACCAGAGAGAGGCACAAUUAUUAAGGUGUAAAACUUACUGUACCUGGGGGAGUGGCUUAAGUAAUGAGAAACCCUCGUGGAAUACCCGAAACAAAAGUUCAAAAAUAAGAACUCACUUGAAACCUAAGGAUCCUGAAACCGGGCUGGCGUGUAAAACCCGAAACGGUCGAAGAAAAGCCGAAGUUGAUUUCCAGGAACCACCUAAAAAGAAAGUAGCAGUGAGCAGGAAAUGUAAGCGGAAGACUCAAACUGAGGAUGCCCAGGAGUCACCUGGUUUUUGCAGACCAAAGUUAUCAACGGAUACUCUGAGGAUUUUGAGACUUUUCCCUUUUAGUUCUAAGCAACUUGUGAAAUGCCCCCGAAGAAAUCAGCCGGUCGUUGUAUUGAACCAUCCCGAUGCAGAUUCUCCAGAAGUAAUUAAUGUCAUGAAAACGAUCACCAAGUAUCAAGGAAAUGUACUCAAGGUGUCACUGUCCAAAAGAACUAUUAAUACCCUUUUGGAACCAGCGAAUUGCAAUGUUCCUAACGCAUCUCUUGAUGAGAUUUCUGCUAAGAGGUACAGAAGGCGUAAAUCUUAUUGUUCUGUGAAAGAAAGGUUCGUGCUAAAGUUAACACUGAAGAAGACUAGCAAAAAUAAGUAUCAGAUUGUGAAAACUACCUCUGAUAAUACUUUGAAGGCUAAGUUUAGCUGUUGGUUUUGUGGUAGGAUAUUUGACAAUCAGGAUAAUUGGGUUGGUCAUGGACAGAGACACCUAAUGGAAGCUACUCGGAAUUGGGAUUUGUUGGGAUAAUUUACCUUGAUUCAUGAAAAAGCAAAGCUCGGUUGCUUUUGAAAGAAUUUUAACUUAUGAUAUGCAGGUGUUUUGUAUUACAGCUUAGUAACUGAAGUUAAAAAUUAAAAGCAAAUGGCCGUAUUUUGAUGGGAGAACAAACUUUUCUGUUGGCAGCAAAUUGGAAAGACAUAAAAAACCAUCCAUGCUUAGGUUUUGAAACUAACCGCGGUUAGAGUACUAUAAAACAUGCUUUAUGAUUCGUUUUACAUUGUUACUAGUAGUGGGCUUUAUAUUUUUUUCCUACUGAUUAGGGUAUGUGUUCAGGAUUUCUGUAAAUAAUCAGGAAUUUAAUGUACAUAUCUUUGUACUGUUCAGUCAUUUGCUAUACUUCUUGCCCCAGGUUUGCUGGGGCCUGAAAAGUUGAUUCUCUCUUCCAUUUUAGUUCCGUACUGCACUACUAAACCUGGCUACAGAAAACGUUCAGAACUACAUAAAGCUGUUUUCACAAUUUUGGUUUUAAUUUCAGUUGCUAGGGUUUGUUUCGUUUUGUUUUGUAAAUUUAUUUUUCAGGGAUUGAACACUAUUGUUAGCAAGUGCCUAAAAGAUGUGAAGCAGUUUACUUGGUCAGCCGUAUCUGUAGGCCCAGAUUUGGCCUUUCCCCCCAAGAGUUUCAUUUUGAAAGCCAUAUAUGAAUGCUUUAAGCUAUCUUGCUAUGCACAUGACACUUGUACUAUUUCUGUGCAGUUUGUCUACUUUCUUAGUGAAUAAUUUUUCAUAUAAAUAAAACUGUUACAAUUGUGUUUAUUACAUUGAGCCUAAGAAUGGAAUUAAUUGGGAAUAUCCAGCAUAUAUUCAUAAUGUGUAUGGUGUUGAUUAAAAAAUGAGUAGCCCUAAUUCCUGUAAUGACUUUUGUCAUCAAUAUUAAAUUUGUCUUAACAUCAUGUUUACACGACAUAGUUUUGGUGUACUGUAGUUCAAUUUUGUGGGAGUUUGGGUAGUUCCCUUUUUGAGAUUUAGUUUUCUUAAAAAACCUCCAUGGAAGUACAUUCUGUUGAAAGCAUAACUUUCAAAAAGUAAGAUGGAAACUGUAGAUAUGGAGAUUUUAUUUCAGAGGGUGUGAGAAAUAUGUUUUUUCAGAGUUAUUUGUGUUGAUGAAUAUUUAAACAGGUCUUAAAAUGAAGCAUAAGGUUAAAAAAUUGUGAUCUGAUGUGGGCAGAACCUUUCAUUCUAUCACUGUAUAUUGUCUUAUUUUUCCUUUUAAAAUUUUGACCUAAUUUUACCACAAAUUGUAUUUUCACUGAUAUAUGCUCCCAGACAUAUUAAAAAUGAGACUAUUUUCUUGAGAUAAUUUAUUUUUUUGGAAAGUGUAAAUUUUUAUUUAUGUCAACAGUGUUGAAGUAGCUGAGAAGUGUUAUUUCACUAUCGUGAAGCAAUUUUUCAUGGGAAAAUCUAUCUCUGAGUUUUGUUAGCUAUUUCUGCUGGCACAUCCCAUCAUCCCCCUUAUGAAAUUGAAUUUGAGAUUUUGUACCAGAUAGAGGUUGAAACAUUUUUACUUGUGUGCCUUAAUAUCAAAAGUAAUAUUAAAGAUACAGAAUAGUUUCUUCAGGUAGAGGAAAAAAUACUAGGCCUGAAAAUCCCCUAGCACAUUUUCCCUUGCAUUAUUUUUUUAUAGCAUACCUAGGAGUAGUUAUUAGAACCAACACCAUCUCGGACCUUUGUGAAUUUUGCAAAAUUAGUUGGAAAGUUCUCUUUAUUGCAUAAAAAUGCAGGAAGCCUCAAAUUUUUGCCUUAAAUCUAUUUGUAGAUGUAUUAUGCAGAUUUUUUAAAGAAAUAACUUUUUAAUAACCAUGAGGGAGCUUCAUUCAUUUAAAUAUUACAGUGGCGUUCAUCAAAUUUAUGAAAUCUAAAGACUCUUAAACAGAUCAUCUUUUUCAUCCCAGUGAUACGGCUAGUUUCCCUUUUCUAGAAAAUACUCUUGUAUCUGACAAUCAGGGAUCCUUCUGUAGGCCCUUACAGAACUAAUUUAAGAAUAACGUUUCCUUUAGUUUUUGAAGAAAUGAAUGAAGUCUAGAUCAGCUCCGUAAAUACUUCAGUUUGCCUCUGUAGAGCCGUGUUUUACUGAAAACUUUAUUUUGCCUAAUUUCAUCCUAUAUAUUCCUUUUAUCAUUUUGAAAAAUUCUUCAGAAGGCAUUAACGAUUUCCUUCCAGGCCAUUUUCUUUCUCCAGCCAUCUCCCACCCCUUCAGGCUAAUCAUGUUUAGUUCUUUGAAGUUUUCUAAAGUUGCUUACUGAAAGUAUUUACUUUUCUAUAAAUUCCUAAAUUCAUACUCGGAAAGCAAAAAUUGAAUGAAGAAUUCCAGAUUCAGUUUUUGUUAGAGUUGUUCAUGUUGCUGUUCCCCACCUCUCCAGGAACUCUUCAUAUUACUGAAAUAUUUGUUGGUAACCCAUUGUCAAAUCAUCACAAAUUUAGGCAUCACAUUUUCAUAUCUAUAGGAUGGGUGAUUCAUGUUUUCUAUUAAAAUCUCAUUUCUAUGUUCCUUUCCCCCAAAUAACUAACUCAGUCAGUUCCAAGUUCAUAUAUAUAUUCUCACCCAAAGCUUUAAAAAUGAUUUCCUAAGGAAAAUUGCAUGAUGUGACUUGUCAGAAAUGCCAAACUAUACACCCACUAAUGUUCUAAUGUAGUUUUGUGGAUAAAAGUGGUUUGGGUUAGUCUGGCAUGAGUUCUUAAUAUCUUCAGUGGGCUCUGAACGUUUACAAAUGUCUUGUAAUACUUACCCAGUGGUUUAAGUAAAUACCAAAUCGAUACCAAGCAUUCAGGACAGAUUUAUCAGAUCAGUCUUAACAUUUGCAAAUCCUUUCAUCGUUAAUUUUUACAUAUUUGGUUUUCAUUACUCAGCCCAAUUGCUCCUGCACACUCUCCCCGUUACUUUUAAAUUAAAGAAGUCAGGUAGGUUAACAUUCAUUUCCUAGAAGUGAUGAAAAACCAUGUUUAGAUUAAGGCAGAUAGGCUGCUUCUGCAGGGUCCAGAGAAGCUGUUUUGUCUCCCUGUGGGAAGCGUGCCUGGAAGCCGGGGAAAAACAAUUUGAGAAAUACUCUAUUGCUAUCCCUUUUAUUUCUAAUGCGGUCCUAGGCUGGGUGACGGAACAAUAGCACCUUCGCUAGUCGUGCGGUGUUGAACCAACUUAAUUCCAACCCUUAUCGCUUCCAUGGUUCCAGUCUUUCACAUCCCACCGGUUCCCUGAUUCCUUUCCUUCCAGGCCGUGGCUUGGAGGUCCUGGCUUGGUGGUGGGAAUGAGUGGAAAACUUCCUGCCAGUGCUUCUGCUGCUUUUUCCAGCACUACCUACCAAACUGUUCCUCCUAGUUCCUCUGGUAACGGCUCCCAGCAGUUCUUGUUCCAUUUCUCCUCCCUACUGUUUCUUCCUCCCAUGCUUUUCUGCUCCCACUUCCCUGAGUCGUGAAGUCAUAGAAUAAAAUAAAGUCCUGCAGAACAGAAAAAAAACCCUCUAAAUCUCCUCGUAGGAUCAAAAAUAACACCUGAUUUGAUUUUGGUAGAAGGCUGGAGUGGCCAGAGGAAGAGUGGUCCCUAUCAGACAGCCAUUUUGAAGGCCUAAAACUUUAAAAAGCUUUGCCAUGCUUCAGUGCUGAAGUAAAUUUUACUUGUUUCCAUGUGGGUGCCGGCUAGCCAACCCAAACCUCAAAGGCUUCUCCUGAGGAGAAAUUAAAUGACCGAUUCCAAAAUGCCUUCCCUUAAACAGAUCUAAAGAGCUGCAACCUAUUGGGUCAGUGGGAUGACCCAACGGCCUGGUUCCCUUUCCUCCCCUGUGUUCACAAAAGUCCUUGUUUACAUUUCUUGAACUGGGGGCAGGCAGGACGUGAAGAUUUGAGAAAGGGAAUGCAAGGGAAGUAGUGAGGACUGUGUGUUUUUCCUGUCGUUUGUGUGUCCACUUUGAUUAUUUUAGAUUGUAAACUCUGCAGUCAGAGACCCUGGAUGUUUACAGCUGUACAGUUCUCAGCACAGUGCCAACUACUUAC